AUGGCCGUGAAACUCCGAAGCCCACUUGCUCGCAUGAUCUACGAGAAGUAUGAACACGCACAGGAGCAUAUGCAUUCCAAUCAUGAAUAUUGGUACAAUGUCAGGAAUGAAUACUUGUCGCCCGAGCUAAUGAAAAUUUUUGUUCAAUCUGAGCAAGACGAGGAAACCACGAAUUUUCUUGAGGGUUGUUAUGAAAAAUCAGAUUGGUUCUUCACUCAGCUCUACCAUUCAAUCUCAAAGUCUAUUUUGACUUGGCUUCUUAAUCGGGGUUCGAUGUUUGUGGUUUCCACCGCACAAUUUCGUCGCGCCGGCGAUGGUAAAGUCACGGCCAAAAUGGCCCCACUCUUUGAUGAAGUCUACGCAACAGAAAUGUCACCUGUUAUGCAAUGGCGUUUGAAACAGGCGAAUUUCACCGUCCUCGAUGUUGAAAAGUGGGAUCAGCUACCUGAAACAGGCGAUACCUCUUCCAGUCUUCCAACACAACCUCAGUAUGACGUCAUCAGUUGCCUCAAUCUUCUGGAUCGUUGUUCUACGCCACUUACCCUUCUACGUAGGAUUCGAAACGUUCUGAGACCCGGUUCCGGCCUACUUGUGCUUGCCCUCGUCUUUCCCCUGAAGCAAUAUGUGGAAUAUAGCCAUAAACCCCUCGAGAUGAUGGAGGUCUCUGCUAGCCGGGUCUGGGAAGUGCAGUUUUCCAGCUUUGUCACGAAUAUCCUCCAUCCCGCUGGCUACGACCUGCUGGCCUGGUCGCGUGUGCCUUACAUCUGUGAAGGCGACCUGGCGCGUUCCUUCUACUCCCUAAACGACGUUGUGAUGACGUUGAAACCACGAGCGCCAGACGUCAACGAGGCUCCUUCUGGCAUGCAAUGA